AACGCAGACACGUUCCUCUCUUGUCUCACUCACUUUCACUCACAUGCACACUCGUCAAACUCAAAAUCCCUAAAACCCAAGAGAGGUAUCCAAUUCCACUCCAAUGCUCUGAAACCCAACCUCUUAACAUUGACAAGAUGCGGAUUCUGAGUAAUCGCGGAUUGAGAAGAAUCACACUCUCUGCUUCAAAUCAUCAUCAUCAUCAUCAUCAUCAUCACCGAAGGUCCUAUGUCUCAACCUGCAGAGGCGUGCUUCUUCCCUCUUUCGGAGGACCCGAGGUUCUCCAGCUUCACUCCAACAUUCAAGUUCCUCCUCUGAAACCCAACCAUGUCCUCGUUCGCGCUCGCGCCGUUUCCGUUAACCCCUUAGAUACCCGAAUGCGUUCCGGUUACGGUCGUUCCAUUUUCGAGCCGCUUUUGCCUCUUAUUUUGGGCCGUGACGUCAGCGGCGAGGUUGCGGCUGUCGGAGCUUCGGUUCGGUCUGUGAAAGUGGGUCAAGAAGUUUUUGGGGCGUUGCAUCCAACUGCACUGAGAGGCACUUAUGCUGACUAUGCAAUUCUCUCCCAAGAGGAGGUUACUUCAAAACCAGAUUCGCUAACUCAUGUGGAAGCAAGUGCCAUUCCUUUUGCUGCACUGACUGCUUGGCGUGCUCUAAAAAGUACUGCUAGAAUAAGUGAGGGACAAAGGAUAUUAGUAGUGGGAGGUGGAGGAGCAGUAGGAUUUGCUGCAAUUCAGCUUGCAGUAGCCGCUGGUUGCCCUGUUGUAACUACUUGUGGAAGUCAAAGCAUUGACCGCAUGUUAGCUGCUGGUGCUGAGCAGGCUGUUGAUUAUGUUGCUGAGGAUGUUGAAAUGGCUAUAAAGGGGAAGUUCGAUGCUGUUUUGGACACUAUUGGUGGUCCAGAGACAGAACGGAUGGGCAUUAAUUUUCUUAAGCGAGGUGGGCACUACAUGACACUUCAGGGUGAGGCAGCAUCAUGGGCUGAUAGUUUUGGACUGGCUAUUGGGCUUCCUGUAGCUACAGCUCUUCUAUUGAAAAAACAGAUACUAUACCGAUACUCUCAUGGAAUAGAAUACUCAUGGACAUACAUGAGGGCUGACUUAGAAGGUUUAAUUGAGAUUCGAAAGCUGUGUGAAGCUGGGAAGAUGAAGAUACCUGUGGAUAAAACGUUUCCCAUAACACAAGUAAAAGAGGCUCAUGAGGCAAAAGAUAAGAAGAUCAUUCAAGGUAAAGUAGUGCUAGAACUUGAUUGACGUCCUCAAGCCCAUCAGGGAGUUGCUAGAACUAGAAUCUUUUUUUGGUUCUCUCUUCAAUGGAUUGUUCCACAUUUGAUUGAGAAAUGGAUAGUGCUUUUUCUGGGUUUUCACUUUAUGAUAGAAAGUGAAACUUUUUUUUGUAAGUUUUGAGUCAUAAUAUCCGAUCAAAACAAUUUGUAAAUUGAUUGAGAAGUUUGGGUGACUGUUCUCUUUUUAGUCAUGUCAUGUCAAUUUGUGAAAGGUGCGGGUAUGAUGUUUAUACCUCUAAAACUCCCAUGUGUCAGUUGCACUCACCAUCAGUAGCUAGUCCAUGUUCUCUUGAAUUGUAACAUUGAAAGAGAACACUGCUGAAUUAUUAGCAGAAAGCAUAUAAAUUGUAUAGUGCUAGAGAGUAGAGAGAUAGGCAUCAUUUGUUAUUGAAAUGGCCUGAUCUCAUGAACAUUGUCAUGUAGCAUUUGUCUGUUUACUUUAUUAUUUGAACU